CAAAAACCAUAAUGGCGACCUGCAGUGGAUGUACCUGCGCUAGUGAAUGCCCAGCUUGUGGCCCCUCAGGGACCGGCUGUGCUUGCCCAAAGAACCAAUGUAACUGUCAGAAAUGUGUCAACAGCGCACAUUCAAAUAAGUGCUCUUGCGCUGGCAAAGGGGAAAAUUGUGAAUGUUCUAAGCAGGGUCAAGCGUGUGCUUGUGAGUCAAAGUGAUGACCCCUGUUGUUUGAAACGAGUAGGAUGCAUGAGCGAAUUCAGAGGCGGCACGAGCGUUCAAAGUACAAUGUCUGGCAAUGAAACUUGAAACAUUAUAGCUUCCAUGAAAUAUU